AUGCACAAAGCCGGCCUUGAUGGCUACCUUCAUCCUGAUGAAAUCGCAUCGAACCUUCCUACAAAGAACCCCGAAGCCUCGGGCAUGCUUGAUCGCAUGCUUCGCCUGCUCACAAGUCACUCCAUUAUCAAAUGCAAGCUUGUUAAAAAAUAUACCAGCAAUGCUCUUCUCACUAGAGCAUAUGGCUUAACAUCGAUCUCUCAGUAUUUAGUUCAAGCUCGAGAUGGACCUUGCCUUGUUCCUUAUCAUAAGUUCAAUAAUCACAAAGAGCUGCAUAAUUGUUGGUAUAAAUUGAAAGAUGCAAUUCUGGAGGGAGGAGUUACAUUUCAAAAGGCACACGAGGGAAUCACGUUUUUUGACUAUUUAGAAAAAGACACGCACCUUGCUGAACUUUUGAGCCAUGCGAUGGACGGGUCAAUUGCUACUUCCAUGGCCAUACUUCUGCAGACUUACAGAGGAUUUGAGGGAGUGAAAGAGGUGGUGAAUGUUGGCGGUGCACAUGGUAUCGAUCAUAUCGGGGGGAAUAUGUUUGAUUCAAUCCCAAGAGGAGAAGUUUUAUUGCUUCAGAGGGUACUUCAUGACUGGACGGAUGAAGAAAGUGUGAAGAUUUUAAAGAAAUGCCACGAAGCUUUACCAGAUCACGGCAAGGUAGUCAUUAUGGAGAUGAUACCCACGGAGCUGCCAGAAAAUGAUGCUAUUGCCAAGAACACGUCUCAGGUGGAUAUACACAUGAUGAUUUUUACCCGUGGGGGAAGAGAGAGGACCGCGAAAGAAUUUCAUAUGAUGGGAAGAAAAGCUGGAUUUGCAAGCUCGGAACUGAUAUGCAGGGCUGAUUUAUAUGGUGUUAUUGAGUUGUACAAGAAAAUGUGA